GCCUUUUCGUCUUCCACCAUCGACGACGCGCAAGUCGCCAGCUGACGCUCCCGCCUAACUUUGUUCUUGGAAAUUACGAUACUCACCUUGCCCACAAUGUGGAAGCCCGCAACGAAGCAGGUCACCGGCACCAACGAUGUGCCUCUGGGUGCGCGCCGACGAUUCGGACCAGCGCCAGCAGGAGAGUCAGCGCCUCCGCAGCUAGCGCAACCCUCGCCAUCGGCGUACCCGAGACCUCAGAGCACAGACGACCGAGAUCGGCGUGGACGCACGGAAACCCCGCCCCAUGAGAGCGCGAAAGCUGACCCAAACGCACCUCGCAAGAGGCGCAGCCGCUGGGGCGAUGCUAAGAGUGAAAUACCUGGCUUGCCGACCGCUAUUUCCUCCGCUGGUGUCUCUCAAGCUCAGCUUGACAACUACGCCAUCCACCUCCGCCUCGAAGAAAUCAACCGCAAACUACGCCUGAAUGAUUUUGUCCCACCCGAACGCGAGAGAUCCCCGUCUCCCCCUCCCACGUACGAUGCCCAUGGUCGCCGUACCAACACCCGUGAAGUUCGAUACCGCAAAAAGCUUGAGGACGAGCGCAUUCGCCUCGUCGAUCGCGCCAUGAAAAACGACCCCAACUUCCGCCCUCCUGUCGAGUACCAGCAGCAGAAGCGCUCCCAGCGCCCCUCCGACAAGGUCUACAUCCCCGUCAAGGAGUUCCCCGAGAUCAACUUCUUCGGUCUUCUUGUUGGCCCUCGCGGCAACAGCUUGAAGAAGAUGGAACGCGAGAGCGGUGCAAAGAUCAGCAUCCGUGGGAAGGGGAGUGUGAAGGAGGGCAAGUCGCGCCCUGACCAGUUCGCCGAUGACGCCGAGGAGGACCUCCACUGCCUGGUCAUGGCAGACACCGAGGAGAAGGUGGCUUUGUGCGUGAAGCUCAUCAACAAAGUCAUUGAAACGGCAGCUUCCACUCCCGAGGGUCAGAACGACCACAAGCGCAACCAGUUGCGCGAGCUCGCCGCUCUCAACGGCACUCUUCGCGACGACGAGAACCAGAUCUGCCAGAACUGCGGUGGUAUUGGUCACCGCAAGUACGACUGCCCCGAGCAACGCAACUUCACCGCCAACAUCAUCUGUCGCGUCUGCGGCAGCGCUGGUCACAUGGCGCGCGAUUGUACGGUCAACAAGGACCCCGCCAUGCUCGCGAGCAUGAAUGGCACCCCUAAUGGCGGUGCUGUUGGCGGGCCCAUGGACCUCGUCCAGCGCAGCGGCUUCGAUUCAGAGUACGCGAACCUCAUGGCGGAGCUUGGGGAGAACCCGGGAGGGGCCGCCGACCAAGGGCGCGGUUCGUGGCAGGGGACGCCCGCGAACGACAUCACGGGCGGUGGUGUCAACGUUCCACCCUGGCGGCGUCCGGAGAACUGGACGCAGCCUAGUCAGCAGCAGAACCAGGGAUACAGACCGCCUGCGCCGUACGGAGGGUAUCAGGGUAGCGGCUUCUGGGCGGGCUACAACCAGCAGCCGGAAUACCCGGCGGCGGCGAACGCGGGCUACGCGGCGUACUACCAGGGCCAGUACGCGCAGCAGCAGGGUGUCUAAAGGCAGCAACAGGGCGUCUGAUCUCCAUCUUCGCUUACUUUCGACCUUUCAAUUGGCAGACUUUCUCGACACUGAUCCCCUCAACUCCAAUCGACUGCCGCUUCUAACAACGACCAGCAUCUGCCACCCACUGAACGACGACGCUAUGCCGGCGCGUCUAGUUUUCUCUCACCUUCACAGUACAGCCGUAGUUCACCGAUUUUCUCUACUCGCCGCGACGCCUCUUCUUUCCAUCGAUGCCCUGUAAUCAAGUCACCAGUACAUCGUUCUAACUGUCCAGCGCAGCAGCUCAGCUUCGGACACCAUUCUCGAUGGCGGGCUUCUCCUUCGCUCUCGUGCCGACGAGGUCGACGGCUGCUGCGAGCGCCUCUGCGACUGUAUGUAGCAGUCGGUUUCCUGACCUACUGACCCCGUGGGCUUGUGCAGAUUGUAGUAGCAGCAUAACUUACUUGAGAUUGGCCUGUGUA